AUGCCACUUGCUUGGCUCGAGCUGCGAGAGAGCGGAGUUGAAGGCCAACCUUUUAGUGUUGGUGACGUGGUGCGAGCGCGCGAGAAUGACAGCUUCGGAGCUGUGGAUGAUGGACCUCCACCUGGAACCUUGGGCACGAUAUUGCAGGUGAGUGAGGAUCUCUCUUCUGAGUGCGACUCCAUCUUUGUGCGCUUUCCAGAUGGGAUGCAAAGCUUCCGCGAUGUUGCCUACACGGAGGCUCAGGCGAACGAAGGACUUGAGGUGGAUGAGGCAGUGGACCGCAUCCGCCCUGGUGUAGCAGUUCGUUUGAGGCCAUGCGCCGCCAGCUGCGGAACACCAAGCCGUGAGAUAG